AUGCGAAUGCUCACAUCCUUUUACACGCCCGAUGUUGGAGGGAUCAACAUUGACGGCCUCGACACGAAGGAGCACGAUAUCGCCACGCGGGAGCGCAUCGGAUACCUGCCGGAGAACAAUCCUGUCUAUGCCGACCUCCUCGUGAGUGAGUACCUUGACUUCGUCGCCGACCUGCGCGGCCUGACCAAAGUCUGGAAGACGCGAAAACAUCGCUCAGACUGUGGAAGAGACUGGACUGCAAGAGGCGUUGGCGAAAUCGAGCGCGAAGAUUCUAUUGACGGCAGAGAAGCGAUACGUGAUCACUUCCGACGAGGAAAAUGCCGACUUGCGCCCCGAUAUAUUCCGCCUUGCGACAAAGCGAAACUGGGUGCUCUGGGAAUUGCGGGAAGACCGAGCGCGAAUGGAAGAUGUGUUUUAUUCUCUAACUUCGCCAGUGGAUUUCGCGGUGGAGAGCCCGUCAUACCUUGGCUCCUCGCGCUUCUGGUUCCUGCCGCCACGAUGCGACUUCUCGCCGAGGAGCAGCGCGACGGCACGCUUGAAAUCCUUCUUACGCAUCCCAUACAAGGCUGGGUGAUCCUGCUAGCCAAGUUUACGGCAGGGCUUGUCUUCGUCACAAUCGCCAUCGCGUCCACGGUCGGCAUACCUAUUUCGCUGAUGACCGCUGGUAACCUUGAUUGGGGGGCAAUCGCCGCUCAGUACAUCGGCAGCGUGUUUCUCGCAGCCUCUCUGGUCUCGAUCGGACUGUUCACCUCAAGCCUGACACGCAAUCAGAUAGUUUCCUUUAUUUUGGGACUUUUCCUGACUCUGGUGUUAAUGCUGCUCGGGUUGGAUGCGGUGAGCGUAACUCUUCCUGGGCAGUUCGCCGCGCUGUUGCAGUCAUUGAGCCCUGUAACGCACUUUUCAAGCAUCGCUCGCGGCGUCAUCGAUCUGCGUGACGUUCUAUACUUCGUUGCCCUUGUAUCGACAUUUCUAAGCGCAACGUUCCUGAGCGUGCGCGGAAGAACACUGAGCCACCGCACGAUUCAGUAUCGCAACCUUCAGCUCGAACAAAUUCUGUCCGGCCUUGAUGAUCUGCUUACUAUUGAACUCUACGAGUCAAAGGAACCACCCGUGCAAGUUGAUCUUGUGGCUCGAGAUAUCAACGAUUUCCUCGAAGACCUCGCCGGAAACUCUAAAGGACAGGUGAAACUGGUACGAAGGUUCCUGGACUUUCAGGCGCUGGACGAAGCGCAGAGAGCGCUUGAAAGGGCCCAGGAUGCCAUACUAAGUGCUGAAGACGAGGCGACCGUCGCGCAGUGCGGAAGCGGCCUUGAAUGA